GGAUCGGUAACGGCAUUGUCUUUGAGAUCCACCCCAAUGUGAUCAGCGAUGUUGCGGAGGAGGUUGUCGGCCGGCAGGCCUCCUCGAUACCGCCACAGACGCCCGAUCAAGGGAAAGAUCCGGGACGCAUCCGCCCCAACCAGAUAUGCGUAUACCGGUAUGACGACGAGCUCUCCACACGGCGUACCAUGCUGUAUGUGUCCGAAUACAAGGCCCCCCACAAGCUGACCGCUCCGCUUCUGCGCGUCGGUCUGCAUCCCAUGGAUAUCUUCAAAGAUGUGGUCAAUCGGAAAACAAUACCUACCGCGGCCGAUCCCGACGGUCGAUUCCAGUACUAUGCCGAGAGGCUCACCGCUGCGGCCAUCACACAGACCUACAACUACAUGAUCGAGGGAGAUCUCGAGUACGGGUUGCUGACUACCGGCCAGACGGCGAGAACGCGGCACACUCUUGUACC